AUGGAGAGACUCUUGCUGUGUGUGAUGCUGGCAGUUGCCAUGGCAGUGCGGGCGCAGAUCUGCCCGAAGCGCUGCGUCUGUCAGAUCCUGUCACCCAACCUGGCGACCCUCUGCGCCAAGAAAGGUCUGCUGUUCGUACCGCCGAACAUCGAUAAGCACACAGUGGAGCUACGGCUGGCUGACAACUUUGUCACAAGUGUGAAGAGGAAAGAUUUUGCAAACAUGACACGGCUGGUGGACCUAACAUUAUCCAGAAACACCAUCUCCUUCAUCACACCUCAAGCCUUUACCGAUUUAGAAAACCUCAGAGCUCUACACCUCAACAGUAACCGGUUGACGAGGAUAGGCAAUGAUACAUUCAGCGGGAUGUCGAAGCUACACCACCUGAUUCUGAACAACAACCAGCUGGUGCUGAUCCACCAAGGAGCGUUCAACGACCUGCUGGCUCUGGAAGAAUUGGACCUCAGUUACAACAACCUGGAAACUAUUCCUUGGGAGACCAUCCAGAGAAUGAUUAGCCUCCAUACGCUGAGUUUAGACCACAACAUGUUGGACUUCAUUCCAGAGGGAACAUUUUCCCUGCUACAGAAACUCAACCGGCUGGACGUCACCUCUAAUAAACUCCAAAAGCUGCCACCGGACCCUCUUUUUCAACGAGCACAGGUCCUGGCCACGUCAGGGAUCAUGACCUCCACUUCGUUUGCGUUGUCAUUCGGUGGGAACCCUCUCCACUGCAACUGUGAGUUACUGUGGCUGCGGAGGCUGUACAGGGAGGACGACCUGGAGACGUGCGCCUCACCCCAGCAGCUCUCUGGCCGAUACUUCUGGUCCGUCCCGGAGGAGGAGUUUCUCUGCGAACCUCCACUCAUCACCAGAUACUCGCAUGAGAUGAGGGUGCUUGAAGGGCAGAGAGUUACACUCAGGUGUAAGGCAAGAGGUGACCCAGAGCCGGCAAUCCACUGGAUCUCCCCUGAGGGCAAGCUGGUAUCUAACUCCUCCAGGACGUUGGUCUACACCAACGGUACUCUGGACAUCCUCAUCAGUACGGUGAAAGACACAGGCUCCUUCACCUGCAUCUCCUCCAACCCUGCCGGCGAAGCCCACCAAACAAUAGACCUGGUCAUCAUAAAACUCCCCCACAUCUCCAACAACACCAACAACAUCCAGGAGCCCGACCCAGGAUCGUCAGACAUUUCCACGUCGACCCGAGGCGGAGCCAACGGGAGCAACGUGACGGGCGACGUGAAAGGCGGAGUGGACAAGCGGGUGGUGACGGCCGAGGCCACGUCCUCGACGGCGCUGAUAAAGUUCAACUUCCAGAGGACUAUCCCCGGCAUCAGGAUGUUCCAGAUACAGUACAACGGGAGCCAAGACGACUCUCUGGUCUACAGAAUGAUCCCGCCGUCAAGCAAGAACUUUCUGGUCAACAACCUGGCGGCAGGGACCCAGUACGACCUGUGCGUUCUGGCCAUCUACGACGAUGUCAUCACCUCUCUGACGGCGACGCGCGUCGUCGGCUGCGUGCAGUUCACCACCGAGUCGGAGUACAUGAGGUGUCAUUUCAUGCAGUCUCAGUUCCUCGGCGGGACCAUGAUCAUCAUCAUCGGAGGGAUAAUCGUGGCUUCGGUGCUCGUUUUCAUCAUCAUUCUGAUGAUACGGUACAAGGUGUGUAACCCUGGUGAGGGCGGUAAAGGCGUUUCGUUGUCAAUGACCAACGUCCACUCACAGACCAACGGGCAGCAGUCACAGGGAUGCACCGUGACUCCCAGCUCCUCCAAACACGGCUCAAUCGGAUUCGACGACUUCUCGGGGGGCACGAAGAAGAGGAGCGGCGCGGCAGCGGGCGGGGAAUUGAGUAAGGAUACGAUAACUCAGUCGUCCGACUCGUCCCUGCCUGACUGCUCCACGACCACGUCGGUUCUCAGCCAGCCGUGGGGAGCCAGAAGUCCGACAGCCGGAGCCGACGAGGAGAGAGCGCAGGCCGGCGUCUCGUCGCCCACCGGCGCCACCGGUUCUCUGACCAAGACGAAGCGGAAGCCCGCUCCGGGUAAGCCGGGCGCGGCUUGCUCCAAAGCCUUGGCCCCUGCUGAAAACCUCCCCUCCGACUCCCAUCGCCCUCCUUCCUCCUCCUUCACCAAUGCCUCCUCGGCUCUCCUCCACUCCAUCCCGCUGGAGAACCUCAACACCAACCGCAACAACUCCACCUCUCUCAACCAAAACCCGUAUUCCGUCCCCCCUUCCCCUUUCUCCAGCCCUCUUGCCACCCUGAGCCCCGUGCCCUCCACCCGGUUUCGAGAGACGCCGAUCCUGCGCAGGGCUCCCCGCGCCUCCGCCUCCGCCAAGUACCAGACUCUCCCUGUGGAGGAGGCCGGGAGGAGCAGGGCGAGGAGGAGGUACUCGCUCAGCGAAGGAGGCUCAAAGACUCACUCGCCCCAUCAGGGAGCAGGAGGAGCGCCCAAAGUAGGGCGCAUAAUGCGCAACAAAAGGAGCCAAUCGAUGAGCGGGAUCCUACUCCCGAAAGACGGGGACGGAGACUCGGAAAAAGGGCGGUGCGAUUCGGACUGGAUCUUAGAGAGCACGGUUUGA